AUGCUUAUGUACCCACGUAAGGGUCUCAUCACCGAUCCAUUCAAUCCCGAGGACUGCUUCAUACAAGACGAUCAACACUCCGAGUCAUUCGACAACCCUUUCCAAUAUCAACAGCAACAGCAGCAGCACUACCAACAACAGUCGUCGUGCUUGCAACCACCUUUCCACUACCAACCAACCCAGCAAUUUAAUCCUCUCGCCCAACUCAACCAGUUCGCCUCUCCGCCCUCUUCCGCGCCUUCUUCACCGACCUUAUCCUCCCCAACCUUCUCAAUUCCGUACCCUCCGACAACGGCGGCGGCCGAUAGCCAGUCUUUCGGGGCUCCUUCGAUGACCCCGGCGUCGUCCUAUAACCCGUCGUUUGACAUCCAGGGCUCUGCUUCACCAUCAUCGCAGUAUCUUCCGCAAUAUUCGCAAUAUUAUACAUCAAUGUUGGCGCAACAACAACCGAUUGCCAGCAACCAGGGCUGGGAUAGCAACUUGCAGCUGCUGAGUCCUUCCCGCAUUCCAUUCCCCCAAAAGACGUCACCCAGCUCAGCGUCUUCCCGGUCUGCACCUUCCGGUCCUUCGAUCUCCGCCAACCACGGCCAUCAGCGAUCCGACAGCUCAUCCAAGCCGCUGCCCACCCCGGUGCAAACUCCCAUCCAGAACUCUUUCCUCACGGCUUCCUUCCAAAACUACGAACCCUCUACUUGGGAUGGCAGCAAUGUCGAUGCGGAGUCCGCUAUGAGGAAGGCGAUUAUGGAUCAGCAACAAAGGCACCAGAAGUCUCCCGUGCACCAGCAGCACCAGCAACAGCAGCAGCAGCAGGGCGACUACUCACUGGCUCCUUCGGUCUCAACUAUCAGCCAUAACUCCCCUGUGACCCCACAGACCAGUCUGGAUGAGCUAGAUGAUUCCAAGACGAUGACCAAUGGUGAGAUUCGAUUUUCUGACAUUGACUACUGGAUGAACGAGUACUCACGCUUCGACCCGGCUCCAGACUACGUUGGUAAUAAGGGUGGGAUGAUCGGCAUUCCCAAGUUGAACCGUACGAUUUCCGAUAUCUACCAAGACGAGCUCUUCAACCCCACCAUCAUGGCUGCCCCUCAGCAGACGGUGAAGCCGAUGAACUCGAACCUUUUGAACCCACGCAAUGUCAUUGCCGACCGAUUGCAAGCUGCCAGCCAGGGCCACAUGUCUGCGCGGUCUGGGUCUCCGGCGAUGGGCAUCAAGCGCGAGCGCUCACCCUUCCGCCAGACCUCCCCCUUUGCCGGUGAUCUGCAGAUGGCCACCAGCGUGCCCAUGCCUCAGAAUCUUAUGAGCAUGGCUCCCUCGACCGGAAACCCGACCGAUCUGAAGACCAUGUCCCCCAAGGAUGCGGUAUUGGAUUUGGAUGAAGGCGCGGAUGCCGCCAUGCCCCCGCUCUUCCCACCACAGCAGGCCGAUUUCAACUUGGGCGAUGCCCUUGGUCUACGCCGUGAGAGCUCGGGAUCCAUGCGCCCGGCCAUGUCCACGAUGGAGGCUUUCCCCAGCCAGUACUCCAGUGUUCAGCAGCCCCAGUUCUACCAGCAGGGCCAUCCCCAGUCGAAUCUCUUGCAGCAAACUCCGGACUUCCCUGCCUCGCUUUCGCGAUUGGAAUCCACGGGUAGCGAGCUGCAGUCGGGUACCAUGACUCCCCAGGCCAAGCUGCCAGUCAACGAAAGCAUUAUUCGGCCCACCAACACUUCGUCUGACGGAGGCACCUACACUUGUACCUACCAUGGUUGCAGUCUCCGAUUCGAGUCCCCCGCCAAGCUCCAGCGACACAAACGCGAGGCGCAUCGCCAAACGACCCCUGGUGGUCACCUGAUCACUCGGGAUACCUCGCUACGCAACUCGCAGGCUGGUCCCCACAAGUGUGAGCGCAUCAACCCAUCUACUGGCAAGCCGUGCAAUUCGAUCUUCUCACGGCCGUACGAUCUUACUCGGCAUGAAGAUACGAUCCACAAUGCACGCAAGCAAAAGGUGCGAUGCCAUCUCUGCACGGAGGAAAAGACCUUCAGUCGCAACGAUGCAUUGACCCGACACAUGCGUGUGGUGCACCCCGAAGUAGACUGGCCUGGUAAGCAACGACGCCGGGGAAGGGAUUGA